AUGCAGAUUUCAGAAGUGAGAGUGUGGGAAAAUGUGCAUCAUAGAAUGGAGGAAGCUGUAGCUGCUGGUAGAUAUUGGGGCCUGGAAGCAACAGGUGACCAAGCAUUACAGUGUUUCUGCCACCUUUGUACAAAAGACAAUUUUACGUGUGUGACAGAUGGGCUCUGCUUUGUCUCUGUCACAGAGACCACAGACAAAGUUAUACACAAUAGCAUGUGUAUAGCUGAAAUUGACCUAAUUCCCCGAGACAGGCCGUUUGUGUGUGCACCGUCUUCAAAAACUGGCUCUGUCACUACAACGUAUUGCUGCAAUCAGGACCACUGCAAUAAAAUAGAACUCCCGACUGUUGGCCCUUUUUCAGGAAAGCCAUCAUCUGGCCUUGGUCCCGUCGAAUUGGCAGCUGUCAUUGCUGGACCAGUCUGCUUCGUCUGCAUCUCACUCAUGUUAAUGGUUUAUAUCUGCCAUAAUCGUACUGUCAUUCACCAUCGAGUGCCAAACGAAGAGGAUCCUUCCUUAGAUCGUCCUUUUAUUUCAGAGGGCACUACGUUGAAAGAUUUAAUUUAUGAUAUGACAACAUCAGGCUCUGGAUCAGGUUUACCAUUGCUCGUUCAGAGAACAAUUGCAAGAACUAUUGUGUUACAAGAAAGUAUUGGCAAAGGUCGAUUUGGAGAAGUUUGGCGGGGAAAAUGGCGAGGAGAAGAAGUUGCUGUCAAAAUAUUCUCCUCUAGAGAAGAACGCUCGUGGUUCCGUGAGGCCGAGAUUUAUCAGACCGUAAUGUUACGCCAUGAAAACAUCUUGGGAUUUAUAGCGGCAGACAAUAAAGACAACGGUACAUGGACUCAGCUCUGGUUGGUGUCAGAUUAUCAUGAGCAUGGAUCCCUUUUUGAUUAUUUGAACAGAUACACAGUGACCGUGGAAGGAAUGAUAAAACUCGCUUUGUCCACAGCAAGUGGACUUGCCCAUCUUCACAUGGAGAUUGUUGGUACCCAAGGGAAACCAGCCAUUGCUCAUAGAGAUUUGAAGUCCAAGAAUAUCUUAGUAAAGAAGAAUGGAACUUGCUGCAUUGCAGACUUAGGACUGGCAGUAAGACACGAUUCAGCCACAGAUACGAUUGAUAUUGCUCCAAACCACAGAGUGGGAACAAAAAGGUACAUGGCCCCCGAAGUUCUAGAUGAUUCCAUAAACAUGAAACACUUUGAAUCCUUCAAACGUGCUGACAUCUAUGCAAUGGGCUUAGUAUUCUGGGAAAUAGCUCGACGAUGUUCCAUUGGUGGAAUUCAUGAAGAUUACCAGCUGCCUUAUUAUGAUCUUGUACCUUCUGAUCCAUCAGUUGAAGAAAUGAGAAAAGUUGUUUGUGAACAGAAGUUAAGGCCAAAUAUUCCAAACAGAUGGCAGAGUUGUGAAGCCUUGAGAGUAAUGGCUAAAAUUAUGAGAGAAUGUUGGUAUGCCAACGGAGCUGCUAGACUUACAGCUUUGAGGAUUAAGAAAACAUUGUCACAACUCAGUCAACAGGAAGGCAUCAAGAUGUAG